UGUACAAACAUGGCCGCCGUGGAUGUGUGUGAUGGAGAUAAUCUCUCUGCCCUGAUGUGUAGUGAUUGUGAAACAGAUGAAGAAGUAAAAUGGUUCUGUCAAGAAUGUCAGCUAAACUUUUGUGAUAGAUGUCAGGCUCAUCAUUUGAGAAGAAAGAAAUCAAAAUCCCAUUCCAUCGUUCCAAUGCGAGAGGCAAAAUACACACAAAUAUCUGAGAGCCGACGCUUGUGUGUUGUGCAUCCGGGUAUGUCCAUUGACUAUUGGUGUGAAAGCUGUGCUUCAGUAAUUUGUAUAAAAUGCGUUCCAGGUCGUCAUAAGAAACAUACCUGGUGUGCUAUUGACGACUUUAUGGGUCGUACCCAGAAGAAAAUUCGUGACAAAACUGAUGAAUUUAGAGAAAUGUGGUUAAAAUACAGGACAGCGAUGAGCGAUGAUUCGAGAUUCUCUGAAUAUUUUACUCAAUGUAUAGCACGUCUCAAUGAGGAUGUGAACAACCAAGCAAGCAUCUUAUGUCAGGAAGUUGACAAAAUGAAGGAAGAUCUUUUGAAAGAAAUUGCCAUAUUUGAGAGAAAAGAAACUCUUAAAAAGGAUAAAAAUCAAGUGGGGAUGAAAGAAGAUAUGACCGCUUUAAAUGCACUGAUCACAAAUACCGAACUCGAACUUAAAUGCUGCGAUUCUGCAUCAUCACUUAAUGUUUUAUCGAAGAGGCUAAGCGACCAAGAAGGUUGUUUUCAAUGUCCUGAAAUAAACCGAUGCCAUCCACCAACCUUGAGUAUACCAGAACACUUUGAUCAGUUAAAAUUGGUUUCACUUUUCGGUCAACUAAAAUAUCCAUCUUCUACUAACCUGGACGAGAAAGUAAUCUACGAAGUAAAAGCUAAAUAUCUUAAAACGAAAACAACACGGAAGAUCUUGGCCUUAUGUGUACAAGACAAUGGCAACAUCUGGGUGUCUUUCGACGGGAAUCGAUUUUUAAUGUUGAUGGAUGAAUAUCUUGGAAUCUUAAAGGAAUCUUGUGACACGGAGUUUGGGGUUGUGAGUAUGUCACUUUAUAAGAAUACUGAUAUUGUGUUCACUCGAUUCAUGGACACCUGCGUACAGCGACUCGUUUCCAAUGGCGACAGAAUGAUGACGAUUGCGGAUUUAUACCCGUACUACGCAAAGGGCGUUUGUGUUAAUAAUGAGAACAGAGUUUUAGUUUGUGCUGUGACGUCAUCGACCAAGACUUGUAAAAUUGUUAAAAUGACCGGAAGAGGUCAAAUUCUGAUGGAAAUUACAAAUGACGCGGAAAGGGAACCACUUACAUUACCAUAUAGAAUCGCGAGUGUUGAUGGCGGCGAACUAUUUGUUGUUGAUAUGGCAACCGAUGACCAUCGCGUCAUUUGUUUAGAUAAGCAAAGGGAUCGAUUGUUUUCAUGGUCUUGGCGAGGUGAGGGUGUCGGUUCCGUUGACCCCUUAGGGAUAGCAUGUGACAAAAAUGUUUGCUACGUUACCGAUGAGAUAAAUAACAGGAUAUAUAUGUUCCCAAAGAAAAACAAUACUGCUGUUGUUCUAUUGGACGAGAGCACUCGACAGUCAGGACCAAGAUGCAUCACUGUUGACCGGAAGGGGUGUAUCUGGGUCGGUUGUAACAACGGGAUAAUUCUAAAAAUUGAAAGAUGAAAUCUGGAUAAUUUUAAAUCCCAAAAUGAAGUAAACUAUGCUAUAAACAUGUACUAAAAGAAACCCACUGGUAAUGAGGGAUUUGAUUAUAAAUAACUUCAAAUAGAUAAGAUACAUCUUCACAGGAAACUAUUGUAAUGUUAAGUGUUGAUGUGAAGGACAUUUGACAGUCGGUGGUAUACUUGUAAGCGAUCCUUGAAUAGAAUUGAAAUUAUGCAUAAAUGUGUGUAGUGGAUGUGAUCAAAAUCAAAACAAUAGAGUGAUAUGAUUAUAUAAUAUUCAAAUGAAUUUGAGUCUUCAAAUUGUCUUAUGAAUAGAUAGAUUCAAUUCUGUGUACAGAGUGCAAUUCCUAAAACAGCUGAAACAAACUAAUGCUAAGCGGAUGUUCGAUCAUUAUGUACACAAAAGGAAAAGACUUGUUUUGAGCCUCUUUGAAAAUGUCAUGGUUCAUAUCAGUAUCCAUUUGUUUUAGGGUUUUUUCGGUAUAAUAUUAUGUAGCAUAUAUAUGUUGGUACAAAUACACUAAGCAUACAAGUUGGCCAUAUUAUUCAACAUGUACGGUAUCUUUUUAUCAAGUCUUUAAAAUACAUUUUGUUAUGUGUAUUUUGUACAAAUGACAUCCAUCAAUACAUGUUUACACAGUAUUAUGAUAAAAACAAUCUAUUUAUGUUACAGUGUGAUGACAAUAUCAUUUAAAUGUUUGGUAUACUGUACAAUGUAUGCCCUAGAUUCUAUAAAUGUUUGUUAUAAUGUUAAAAUGCAUACCUUAGAUUAAGCAGUUUCAGUUCAAAUGGCUUUUUUGUACAAUCUUUACAAAUUACAUUGAGAUGCUUUAUGUUCUGAAAAUCCAAUAAUCUUUUUCACCGCUAAUAACGAAAUUUAAACGAUAUCAUUAUAAUAGAGACAUGCAUUAAAUGCCUACAUAACUUUAAGCAUGCUAUCCAUAACUGUUCAAUUAUGCAAAAAUUCCAUCCAAUAAUCCUAUGCGAGUAUAUUUGUAUUAAAUAAUAUUAAUUAGGUACACAUGGAAAGUCGAUUAAACAUUCUUUUUAAUACAGAACUGUCAAAGUGACAUAGCCUUUCUGGCUCAUUGGAAUUGGUCCAAUACGAGUCGAGAAUGUAUGAUGAGGUCUGGCAUUUUGAAUCUAUGGUCAUGUUGUGCAUUAGGCACACAAUCCUUGAAUUUUGUCGAAUAAGGGAGGGACAGUCUGAUUCGUUCCGGAUGUCUCCCUCCUCACAAUUCACCAAUCCAUAUUUUAUACUCGAGCUACCUCCCUUUGCACACGACACUGGAGUGUCAUUGUUCUACCACAGUAAAAUAAAACAUUUGAAACGUUA